CGCCCCGCGCCUCUCCCUUCCUGUGCGGCUGGCGGCGGCUCGCAGCCCCCGGCAACAGCCUCGGGAGCUUCGUCCGCGCCUGGAGAGGCGGCCGGCCGAGCCCAGGCUGGGAGACAUGAUUCGUAGCGUCCUCCGGCUGCUUCUCGGCAGCUUCCUUACCGAGCUGUGCGCCCGCGUGUGCCGGGUGCAGGAGCGAGCGGCGCCCGGGCAGCUGGCUCAGCUGGGCUGCGUGGUAGUGCUGGCGCGGGGAGGGGGGCGUGCAGCCGCUCUGGGGGCCGCCUCGGAAGAGGCCAGCGAGGGCGCGGGGGUCUGGGACGCGUCCCCUACCCGAGCGCCCACGCCGAACUUCUGCCGGGGCUACUUCGAUAUCAGGGACGAGUGGGACCAGCCGUUCAAUUGUUCCUCGGGCGACUUCAUCUUCCGCUGAGGGACUUGUGACUUGCGAUUCUGCUGCACGGUUAAGAAGCGGCGACUGAACCAGAGCACCUGCACCAACUCUGACAUUCCGCUGUGGCUCAACACCCGCAAGCCUCCAGCGCGCAAGGACGGCCCCCUGCACCACCCCACGAAGGACAAGACCAACCGGAUCCUUUACAUCAUGUGCGGGGUGCUGGCCGUCAUGCUUGUAGGCAUCUUCACCAAGCUGGGGCUGGAGAAAGCGCACCGGCGGCAAAGGAAGCCAAGUCAGGUUAAUGUACAGCAAAAAACUGCAAAGAGCAACACGUUGGAGAAAGAAAACACAGAGCUGGCUGAAGCAAUAUCCAUGCGGGAACAGAAGAUACAUCUUCAAGAAGCUAAGAGAGAAAGUAACAUUCACUCUGCUGAAGCUCUUAAGUUGAAAUCAGAAGAUGCAAACGGUCAGUUGGAGGAACUGAGAGCCUGGAGGUCCAAUAAACGUGCACUGGAAGCAAGGAUAAAGGACGUGGAAGACAUUCGUAAUGCUUUGAGUUCUACUAAAGCAAUCAGGGAAGAAACAGCCAAAAGCCUGAAGGAGAGAGGAGACGUCCUUGAUGAAUUCUAUGAAGAAAGAAAAAUGGCUACAGCAAAGAAUCUGGAUAUGACAAACUGUGAACUAGUGGCAAUGAAGAAUCAGAUGGCAACUGCAGAGGAAAAUCUGAAAAUAGCUACAAGGGACAUAGACAAGUGCAAACAGGAAAUUGAACAAACACGAGAACAGCUGCAGAAGGCAGAACUCACCUUCACACACCAGGUCGCAGUUUAUGAGCGUAAUGCUGCGGAAAACUGGAUCAAGACUCAGAUCUGGGAGACGAAAAUGGCGGGACAGAGCCGGGAGAUCGCCCGCUUGAAAUACAGGUGUGGGAGCGUGACAUGAGUUUUUAUGGGUGUU